GCACAUCAAACGGAUUUUCCGUGGAAAGGAUAUCGAUUGAGAAUCACUGAAGUUGGGAGUGAAUUUUCUUCAUUCUCUUGUGCACAAGUUUUCCUGUGCUUCCGGCGGGGAUUCUCUGGGCUUCCUUGAGGUGCUGUGAAUUAUGUUUGGCGGGAGAUUUGUGUUCUGUUUUGUUGCACUUCUGGUUCUCAGUGAAAAUGUUCGUGGGCGUUUUGAUAUUGAGCAGAUGGAAGCGAAUCCGGAUGCCAAGAGGCUGUAUGAUGAUCUUCUUAGUAACUACAAUCGUUUAAUUCGUCCUGUAGUCAACAAUACGGAGACUCUGACGGUUUGGCUAGGCCUGAAACUGUCGCAGCUGAUUGAGGUGAAUCUGAAGAACCAGGUGAUGACAACAAAUCUCUGGGUGAAGCAGAAAUGGUUUGACUACAAGCUUCGCUGGGAUCCCGAGGAGUACGGUGGAGUGGAGAUGCUAUAUGUUCCGAGUGAACAAAUCUGGCUACCGGAUAUUGUCCUCUAUAAUAAUUGGGAUGGGAAUUAUGAGGUGACCCUCAUGACAAAAGCUACUCUAAAAUACACUGGGGAGGUUUUCUGGGAACCUCCGGCCAUCUACAAGUCCUCUUGUGAGAUUAACGUUGAGUACUUUCCUUACGAUGAGCAGACGUGCUUCAUGAAGUUCGGGUCCUGGACCUAUAAUGGUGCCCAGGUUGAGCUGAAGCACUUGGAUCAGGUGCAAGGGAGCAACCUUGUGCUGAUUGGUAUUGACUUGUCAGAGUUCUAUCUCUCUGUAGAGUGGGAUAUCCUGGAAGUGCCAGCCAGUAGGAAUGAGGAAUACUAUCCUUGCUGUACUGAACCUUUCUCUGAUAUUACCUUCAAGAUGACCAUGAGACGCAAAACACUCUUCUAUACUGUCAACCUGAUUAUCCCAAUCAUUGCUCUCACAUUCCUCACUGUGCUGGUCUUUUACCUUCCCAGUGAUUCUGGGGAGAAGGUUACCCUCUGCAUCUCGAUCCUCGUCUCGCUCACUGUCUUCUUCCUUCUUCUCGCUGAGAUUAUUCCUCCGACGAGUCUUGCAAUCCCACUCCUCGGGAAGUACCUUCUCUUCACCAUGAUCCUUGUCUCACUAUCCGUCUGGACAACUGUCUGCGUCCUCAACAUCCAUUUCAGAUCGCCUUCCACUCACAAUAUGUCUCCGAUUAUGCGACGUGUCUUCCUGCAAUUUAUGCCAAAGCUCAUGAUGAUGCGCAGGACCCACUACAGCCUCCCGGACUACGAUGAUACUACUCCCAGCAAUGGCUACACCAACGAAAUCGACGUCAGGGACAGUAUCAGCGAUUUUCCAGGAGAGUAUAAGGAAAACACUGAUGGAAGCUGCGACAAUCUCGGGCAUCAUGCCCAUUCCUCAGUGGAGUCUGAGCAGAUGUUCCCUCGCCAAAUUACUCCCGAAUUGAUGCAGGCAAUGAAGAGUGUCCGUUUUAUUGCUCAGCACAUUAAGGAUGCCGAUAAAGACAACGAGAUUGUAGAAGAUUGGAAGUUCGUGUCUAUGGUUCUCGACAGAUUCUUCCUUUGGGUGUUCACCCUCUCCUGCAUUGGCGGGACAUUGGGGAUAAUCUUCCAGAGUCCUUCGCUGUACGAUAUGCGUUCUCCAAUUGAUCAGCAAUUGAGUGAGAUUCCAAUGCGGAAGAACAACUUUAUGCUUCCUCCAGACAUUAUUCGCAUGAAGCUGGAUGACUAAGAAGCAUCAAAUGGCCUGAGAGUAUAUUCUCAAGUUAACGUAGGUAGAUCAUAGUGAUGAAGGAAGUGGAAUUGCUUCUUAGCAUAGGAUAACGCCAAAGCAGCAAUUUCCACGGUUUCCAAGCACCAAAAGCUAUAAAAGCACAAAACAUCGACAUUGAUUUAUAAUGCCCCAAGAAAUGUGUUCUUGUUCUCUUUUUAUUAAGUUUCAUAAUACAAAUAUUCAAUAGAAA